AUAAUCAUCUUGAAUAUCAUAAUAUUUUGAAACCUAUAAUUAAGGAUAUAAAUGAACUUAAAAAUGGAUUUGCAAUGGAUAUAAAUAAUAAAAAAAUAAGUAGUUUAUGUGAUAUUAUCUCAGAUUUGCCUGAAGGUAAUGAACAAUCAAAAUAUUAUUACAUUACUAUUUUACAAUUUAAUGAAUUAAAUAAUAUCAGAAUACAAAUAGAAUGUGAUUCACUUUUAACAAAAUAUGAUAUUUAG